CACUCAGCCGGUGCGCGGCCUGCGGAGCGCGCCUCGUUUUGCCACCGGAAGGGACGCCGGCAUGAGCGGCCCGGCCCAACCCUCACGUGGAAGGCGCGCGCCGGCGGCGGCUACGACGCACGCGCCGCGCCCAGGACGACGUCUCUCGUGAAGCACAGCCCGUCGCAACAGGGCCUUGGGCUUUGUGCAAUAGAGGGGACCAAACCAGGGGACCGGUGCCGCGAGAACAGACGAAAGCCCCACAGAUAGCGCGACAGCCCUGGAACCCCGGGAGGCCCUGCGAGUUGGACAGCCUUCUGCUCCUUCUAGACGUUUCACUGCGUGGAAUUCGCCCCUUUAUCGAAACGACCUUGCUGCAACGGAGUCGCUGAGAAAGCGGCGCCGCUAUCGCCUAUUCUUUGAUCUUGUUGCUUUGUUGGCUGCAAAAGAAACCGUCACUGCAGUAUGGAUUGCCGCGGAGGGAUGCCUUCACCGAAAAACACCCAAGGAAGCUCCAAGCGGAAGGUAAGGCGCCAAGAUGGUCUUACCGAGUACGCGGCCUUUUUCGAAAGCUUGAUGGGAGGACCCAGUAACUAUGCACGCGGUGCAAGCGGCAACCCCAAGGCGCCCUCGCUGGCGGACAACUACAUGCAGCUGUCUCACUUCCACCAGGUGCGCGCCCUGUGCGACAUGUCGAUGGCUGAGCAGCAGGUGCGCGAGUACCUGAACCACUGCCCGCCGUCGACGGCGUCCGCCGCCGCCGCCGCCGCCGACGCUGGCCAGCAGGGCCCGCUGGGACCCGCGCCGCCACCUCAAGGGUCAGCCGGCGUGCCGCCCCCCCCGCCUGGCUGCGCGGGACGCAUCCUUUCCAGGAACGCCAACGGAACCAUCGCGAUGACGUCGCAACCCACCAACGAAUCCGAGCUGCAGUUGUACAGGGUCCUCCAGCGAGCCAACCUUCUAUCAUACUACGAUACCUUUAUUUGUCAAGGAGGCGAUGAUGUGCAGCAAUUGUGCGAGGCGGGCGAAGAAGAGUUCCUCGAGAUCAUGGCCCUCGUGGGCAUGGCCAGCAAGCCUCUUCACGUUAGAAGGUUGCAGAAGGCGCUGCAGGAGUGGGUCAACAACCCAGCCAUGUUCCAGACUCCGCUGGUGCCGUCGCUGGGCCCUCCGCCCCCCGGUCACCACCCUCCGCCCCCCCACCUGCAGCAGCAGCAGCACGGCGUGUCCCCGGUGGCGCGCCCCAUGGGCCUGGCGCCCCCGCUGCGGCCGCCCGUCAGCGCCUCGCCGGGCCUCAGGGAGCCGCCGCCCAGGAUUCACCACGCGCCACCACCGCCACCGCCACCGCCGCCGCCACCGCCGCCAGUCUCGGCGCCGCAACCGCCCUUCGGCCAGGCCAACCUGGCUGAGUGGACGCCUCGGUCAACGCCGUCCAGCCAGGAACCUCUCUCCGCUCCUCCGGGGAUGCUGGGUUCCGGCGGGGAUUCAUCGGAUGCGGGCGUGCGCCCAGUGACGCCGCCAACGCCCGUGCUGGUCGAGGCCCAGAUCCGACGACUGGCCGAGUCGGCGGAGCUCCUCGUACGCUCGCUCCCUCCGCACGCCUUCGUCGACCCCAGACCGCACGGCCGAAGGAUGUGUAAGGACCUAGAGCACGUGCUGAGCAUGUCCGAGGACGACCCGCGUCGGAUGGACGAGAUCCGAAAGUACGCUGCCAUCUACGGCCGCUUCGACUGCAAGCGCAAGCCCGAGAAGCCGCUCACUCUGCACGAGGUGUCGGUGAACGAGGCCGCGGCGCAGAUCUGCAAGCACAUUCCGGCGCUGCUGACGCGGCGGGACGAGCUGUUCCCGCUAGCGAGGCAGGCGGUGCGGGACAGCGGUUACCCUUUCUCCAAGGGCCAGUCGAGUGCGGACGACCCUUGCAGGAGCCAGUGCUACGGGGCCAAGUUCGAGGACGAGCCGCCGGCCAGCAAGCGCGCCCGGCUCGAGCCGCCCCUGGAGAAGGCCCACAUCGAGGAGGAGAAGAAGAAAAGACAGGAACGCCUCGAAGGCAUCUGCGAGCAGCUGCGACUGCUGGGCCGCCAGCAGGAGGAGCUCAAGGCUCGGCUGCAGGCGUCGAGAGACCUGCCGCCCAACGUGGGAGCCGUGCCGCAGCUCCAGUCCCAGCUGGAGCACAUCUCCACGCAGCAGAUGCAGCUCAUCAACGAGCAGAGCGAGCUCUCCAAGCAGCUGCGACGCAUCGACAAGUACUGUAGCAGCGCCGCCAAAGCCCAGUACGGCCGAUUGUCCUCCUGUUCAGAACAAGACAAAGCGGACACCGAUGACACUGAUUCGCAGUUCUCAGCAUACAGCAACAACUCAUCGCCGACACUGAGUCAUGACGCACAUGACUCACCAUCUCAAGACUCGAACCAGUCGAGCAACCUAGCUUCCUCUCAGCAGCAUCAGCAGCAGCCUCCGCCGAGCGCUGCAGACGUUUUCAACAUGAAGAUGGCCAGCGUUAAGAAGACAUCGGCGCAAAUUACCAAGCAGCUUGUACAGGAGACGCUUAUGGACGAAGGCCUCCGUGUCAUCAAAGAGCUGGCGUCGCAGAUCAAGUCUGAGGAAUCGAGUGCCACCAACAGCCACUGUGCCACGGACCUGUCUUCGCCGCCAGCGCCACCGCCACGGCCGCGCGGAAGACCUCCCAGGCUGGACCGGGGCGACUACGUGGGCACGUCCCGGAUGGUCCAGGGGGCUCCUCCGCCCCACCCGUCCCUGCAGAAUGGCCACGACCGACCAGGCAGCAACGGACUCGACCUGCACCACCCCAACGGCCUGGCAGCGCCGCCGGCCGUGGACGAGGCAGCCGAUGCCGAGAACAGCCUGAACGCGCUGCUCGCCCUCUCCCAGAAGAGCUUGAUGAAGCAAGAGCCCGCGUCACCCGCCACCAUCAAGAUGGACUAAGGCCAGUUUGUAUGAGGCGUGGCAGUGACAUGACGCCAUACGCGAUGACGCCUGUCCCUGGAAGUCAUUCGUGUAGCAUCCUGACAGGUUCUUUUUUUUCCCCCUCAAAUGCCAGGAAUCGAUAUUACGUGACACUGAGCCAGAUCCGCCGUCAUUCUGAGUUACGUGCGGUUGCUGCCGCACUUUACACCGUGGCACGCCAACGUGGGCGCAGAAUGUCUAUAGCCAUUGGUCGAUGAGGCGUGCCUGUCCUCCGUCCUGUUCGGCCAGUCCUUCCCAGGUCGUUGUUGCACAAGGUGGCUUCUGUCAUCCAAGAGAAUUCGGCCGUUAUAUUUUGUGCUUGACAAUGUUAUCGGGUACGUGAGUGGUGGCUAGUUUUUGACUACCUGUUUUGUGGUGUAUGGCUCGAAAUUGGAAUUGACUAGUAAGAGCUCUAUCAAAAGAAAUGUCUAUACACGCUGAUUACAAAUCAUAGAAGCGUGCACACUUAAGGCGUCACGGAGUUAUGAUAAGGCUGUGAGGUCCGUUGUGAGGCCGCUGCGCUAUAUGCUUACCAGUGCCGCACUAAAGCCUCACAGUUGGCAUCACAAUCUAAUAUCAACGUAGUGGUGCCUUAAGUUUAUCCGUCAAAUGGCUCUAGGAAGACUGUGAUGGAUUCGGUUUGGUGACAGACUGCAUGUUAGAAGGCCAUGUCAUAGAAGCACUGACGUGCUCUGCCAUUUGUCUGCGUAAGAACAUGGUGGCAGAAUGCCUGUCGUGGUGUUGCGGUGACAUGCUGGAGAACGCCUUCGAAUGGGCAAAUAUGACGCGUUUUCCAUGACAGCAGUGAUGAAUUCAGGAGCAGCGACUGCGUCGGGCAACUAACUGCCGUGGAUUGAGCAGAGUUUCAUCCCUGACAACAUCGAAAGCGUCCGGGGCAUUGCCGUAGCUCUUAGCCUAACAGCCAUCAAAUGACCUCGCAUAAGGUGCCAUACACCGCAAGUCGACUCGCUUCACAGCCAAAGCCUGCCAUGGAAGCCGUGCAGGUUUUCGAGCUACUGUCAUGUGCUGGUGCCGUGCACUGGCUAAAUUUACGCUCUGAUUGUAGUGUGGCGUUCACUGGGCUGGCAAGCUGCGCUAUUCAGCAUGGUUGCGGACUGCGCGGUGGGCACAAUUGGAUGCUGACAUUCCCUGUACUGGAGGAACAGGGAUGCUGACAUUCCCUGUUCCUCCAGCUCUUUUGACGUGCCAGUGUUACCUCUAAACUGCUUACUAUUCGGGGAUCCAUGAAUAUUUCGUAUGAGGCAUGCAGUUGAGCAUAUUUCUCAGCUUAAAGGACAUUAUGUAGAAAUUGCAGCCCUUGUCCUGAGCAAGUUUAUUCAUGGACAGCUAAAUACUAGCGCCUAUGUCCGCCCCUCGUGCUUUGUGUUAUGUUCUGUUAAGAAUGAAAGCAUGAUGGUAAUGACCACUGCAGCAGUGUUCUGUGGACUAAUUCUCACUGCUCUCUAGCCAAAUGUCUUGCAUGACGUCAUAACGAAGGUAACAGCAUGCCAAGAAACUCAAUGCAUUGUUUCCAAAGCGGACAAUGCGAAACAAAGUUUGUGGUAUUUACACAAACCUGCACCAUUCUUCUGAUUCCUAAUUUGCUUAGUCGGCUUUAGUGAAUCUCUCGUAACUAAUAAGUAAUUUAAUGAUAUUUUCCGGACUACAUCGAAUGGUCUGUGCCGCAGCAGCAACUGUGGCAAAACAGAUAUCGGAAUGCUUUUUGAUGUGGUGCAUUGCUCUACGUUUGUGUGCUUUUUUAGCGUUCUGGCUUUCGCGUCUUUCAUGCGCCUUUGAGCAGGCCAGUGAGUAUGCGAAGGUUCUCCGUUUGCCCGUAGCCGUUUUUUUUUAAUUGAAAACGUGCAACAAGAAGUGCGGGCGCUGAUCUUGCAUGCUUUGGUAUGGCCUCACGAGAGAGCUGUUUGUUGGUGCCGCCGUUCACCUUCAUUAUAAGCCAGGCCUCCUGAGCAAUUGCGCGAUCCUUAGGUUUUCCUGUUUCGACGUUCUCACGGUGAUUCAUGCAGGACGUGGUGUAAAUACAUUUGUGCAAGCUUAUCUUCAUUCCUCAACUUGUGGAAAAGACUGAAGGAGGCAGCGAUUCCUAGCCGUGUUUAGUGUCCGCACCAGAGUAGGGUAUCCUCCCAAUAUUCUGUUAUUAGAUUGAAUGGCACUUGUUCAGCAACGAAGUUGCGAGGAUGACCAGGCGAAAGAGCUGCAGGGGAACCUGGCCACCUCAUACACAGUGCAGCUUCGUAGCUGUUGACCGAAAGCACGGGUUUCACACAACGCUCCUAACAAAAAAAAAUCCAUACAGAAAACCACAAAAACCACAAUCAGAUUGCGGAAACGAAUGAUCGUGGAAAGAUUGCACACAGCAUUUUUAAACUGGUAUAAUAGAGAUGAAACAAAACAAAACAUGAACUUGUCACGGAAGCAGAGCCCACUGUACAAAUAUUUCGCGUAUGUUUUUCAUAAAGGCAGCACAAAUACAUCGAGACCAUUUUCUUUGUGCAGUUGGUUCAACUGUGUCGGUAAACAAAACCUAAACAUAUGGCGGUCGUAGGCUGACAAACGUUGUAAACGGAGAUAGGCGUCUGUGAAGAUGACAGUUUGUUAACGUAUAAUCGUUUUUAAUUCUUGCUUCUCUAUAUGAGCGACAACGCCUAUAGCUGAAUAAAUAUGCAAUUUUCAUUACCCUAAGACUUGAGAAUACGUGAUCUCUUUUGCGAUACUGUAAAUUUAUGCAUGUUUUCCAUUGAAGUUGUUGCCCAGACGAGAAUUCCGUAUCGAACUAAAGAAGAACACUUUGACUUAUUUGAAAGCAUAAUAAUAAAUGUAGGGAGAUGAUUCCCCUGGCGACCCAUAACACCUAUAGCUCUAGACAGCUUAUUAACUAAGUGAUAUACAUGGCAGUCCUCUGUCAUAGUUUCAGAGAAAUAUGUGCCAAGUGAUUUGUAUGGUGGUACUAUUUCCAUUUGAGUAUUGUCUAAACAUAGGGCGAUAGUUGGAACUGUUUGUUACGAUGGUGAAACAACGCGGCCUUCGUUUUUUUUUUACAUUAACCGUAGGAUAAUUGUUUAUCGCCCAUAUAUGUAUGUCUGCCAACGCUUUAUUACCUCGAUGUGACAUUUCAAACCCUGAGUCACCUUGCACUGAGUCAUGUGCAAGGUGACUCCAACACUUAAUGGUAAACCGAGCAAGCAUCAUUGGAAUGAGGGGUAAUACUUAUUAAGAAAUGGUCUCUCUCUCGAACACAGAGCGCGUUGAAUUGCUGGCUGACGUGGGAAUCGCUUCUUUCAAUGAAAUAGGAUUAUAUUUGUAGCCGAAUGUCCUCGUUUUUCAAAUGCUGAUGCCUAUAUUGUUCAAUAGGAGCUCGCAGUCAUGCAUGCGGGAGUGGUUGUGUAAAUAAAAUGGUGCUUGCUUUUUUUUUCAUUAUGUACUCGGUAAAGAAAGGCCACUGAUAUGAGCUUAUUUUUUGACACUAGUGAUUUCUACGUAGCUGUACUUCGUCUUGGGCUAGUUUGUGAAACACAGGCUUUUACAAGAGAGGCCCAAAUAAUACGCAUGCACAGAUGAGGUAUAUACAGGAGGCGCUGAGCUUGCUUAUAUACUUCAACUGUGUAUGUUCGUUGAGCCUCUUCUUCUACCAGCAAUUUCUACGUUAGCCAGUGAAUCGCUGAGACAGUGCGGUUUCCUUUAUAAAUGUUUGAUUUAAUUCAAUUGUCUUUAUUCCCCAUAAAGAGAGAAAGAAAGACACAGGGAAAAAGCUAAUGGAAAAGUUUGCUGGACAAAAAGUUAUGUUAACAGCUUGACAGGGCCGUGGAAAUCGCACGAAGCAGAUGUCAGACAAGACGACAGACAUGAUAACGCAGAACUUUCAAAUAAAACAAAAAAAGCACUGGCCGCUACAUAUCUAGCUUCGCCAUGUGUCUACAUAUUAUGCAUUGAAUUACCAAAAAUAACAUCUCAUUUUCAAUGCACUUGGCCUGCUCGGUGUAAUCAUUCUUUUCCUUAUAACCAUUGUUUGUGGUUCUCGUGCUUGGCGUGUUUUUUAAUCAAUAUUUAGUAAUAAAAAUUUUGUUGCGGCUCAACGCUAGUCCCAUGCACUUCUUUUUAACUCCAUCGAUUAGUCUGAGAAGCAAAGGCGCGUCCUUCUAGUCUAAUGAUAAUUCUAGUCCAGCCUGUGGUCGAGGAACCGGUGAAUAACCGCGCCUGCAGGACGCCGCACCCUCGAACUUUGCACCUCUGGGUCGCAAUAUUGUCUACCUCGACGUGCACGUGGCUUGAAGUGCUCAUGUAGAGGUAACUUCUGCGUUUGCACAUACAUCUCAUUAUGAAUACAGGU